GCUGAAGGCAAGCGUCCUUUUAUCAGGGUCCCACAGCCGCCUGCUCUCCUGCAAUGCCUUCAGCCCUUGACACCAACAUGAGGUUCAAGUUCUCGAUCACGGCUCUUUUUCUGGAAGCGAUCAUCAUUGUUUUAUUUGGGAUAUUUGUGGAAUAUGACGACAGUGGUACCUUUCGAGAUUUAUACGCAUUCUUUCAGGAUGUCCACGUGAUGAUAUUUGUUGGAUUUGGUUUCCUGAUGACCUUUCUGAAGAAAUAUGGAUUCAGCAGUGUUGGUAUCAACAUGCUGAUUGCUGCCUUCGGUCUCCAGUGGGGAACCCUGAUGCAAGGAUUCUGGCACAUGAAAAGAGGGAAAAUUCAUGUUGACAUGAAAAGCUUGAUAAAUGCAGACUUCAGUACAGCAACUGCUUUGAUUUCAUUUGGAGCAGUCCUGGGGAAAACAAGUCCUCUUCAGAUGCUGAUCAUGACAAUUCUGGAGGUGACAAUCUUUGCAUGCAACGAACAUCUAGUUACAGAAGUAUUUCAGGCCACAGAUGUCGGAGCCUCGAUGACUAUCCAUGCUUUUGGAGCUUAUUUUGGUUUGGCUGUAACUCUAAUCUUGUUUCGUCCUGGACUGAAAAACAAACAUGAAAAUGAAGAAUCUACUUAUCAUUCAGACUUAUUUGCCAUGAUUGGUACCCUCUUCCUUUGGCUUUUUUGGCCCAGUUUUAACUCUGCAAUUGCACAUGAAAGUAGUCACCAGUUUAAAGCAAUUGUCAACACUUACUACUCCUUGGCUGCAUGUGCUGCCGUAACAUUUGCCCUCUCCAGCUUGGUGGAUCAGAGAGGCAAAUUCAGUAUGGUUCUCAUUCAAAAUGCCACCUUGGCAGGCGGGGUAGCAGUGGGUACCUGUGCUGACCUGCCAAUCCACCCUUCUGUUGCCAUGUUCAUUGGGAGCCUUGCUGGAGUCAUCUCUGUCCUUGGCUUCCACUUCCUGUCUCCUUUGUUGGCAUCUAAGCUGAACAUUCAAGACACUUGUGGAGUUCAUAAUUUACAUGGUUUACCUGGGAUACUGGGAGGUAUCGCUGGCAUCAUAGCAGCUGCAGUAAUAAAGGAAGACAGGCACAGUGUCCCCAUUACUCCUGGCAUGCAGGCUGCUGCCCUGGGCAGUACAAUUGGGAUUGCACUGGCAGGCGGAGCGUUGACAGGUGGUAUUCUAAAACUCCCCUUCUUGGGACAAGCAUCUGACCAGAACUGCUUUGAUGACUCUGUUUAUUGGGAGGUUCCGGAAGAGGAGAAACCACAUGAACGUCACUCCAAUAACCACGAUGAGCACAGCAGAUUUGAAGCCACCAUGUAG